AUGGACCCAGCAUUACAUAUUCCCUUUCUGAAGCAGAAGUUGGAACAGGAAGGCAGUCAUGUUACGUGUGCAAAUUUAACAAAUGGCGGAAAAUCAGAACUUCUAAAAUCAGGAAGCUCCAAAUCCACACUAAAGCACAUAUGGACAGAAAGCAGCAAAGACUUGUCCAUCAGCCGGCUGCUGUCACAGACUUUUCGUGGCAAGGAAAAUGAUACAGAUUUGGACCUGCGAUAUGAUGCCCCAGAAACAUAUUCUGAGCAAGAUCUCUGGGACUGGCUGAGGAACUCCACAGACCUUCAAGAGCCUCGGCCCAGAGCAAAGAGACGGCCCAUUGUCAAGACUGGGAAAUUUAAGAAAAUGUUUGGCUGGGGUGAUUUUCAUUCCAACAUCAAGACUGUGAAGCUAAACCUGUUAAUAACUGGAAAAAUCGUUGACCAUGGCAAUGGGACGUUUAGUGUUUACUUCAGGCAUAAUUCCACUGGUCAAGGGAAUGUAUCUGUGAGCCUAGUGCCCCCUACCAAAAUAGUGGAAUUUGACUUGGCACAACAGACAGUGAUUGAUGCCAAAGAUUCCAAGUCCUUUAACUGUCGCAUCGAAUACGAAAAGGUUGACAAGGCUACCAAGAACACGCUCUGCAACUAUGACCCUUCAAAAACAUGUUAUCAGGAGCAGACCCAGAGUCAUGUGUCAUGGCUCUGCUCCAAGCCCUUUAAAGUAAUCUGUAUUUACAUUUCCUUUUAUAGUACAGAUUAUAAACUAGUACAGAAGGUGUGUCCUGAUUAUAACUACCACAGCGACACACCCUACUUCCCUUCAGGUUGA